ACUGUCGGGAAAUUUUUUUAUGAACUUAGGGUUCUAUAUGUAAGAAAAAAUGUUGCUGUUAGCAUUAUUUUCCACUUAUUUCUUAUCAAUAGAAGCUGUCGCGAAUGAAUCCUUUCCUGCGCUAUUGGCUUUUGGAGAUUCAAUGGUCGAUACCGGUAACAACAAUUACCUCCUGACUCUAAUGAAAGGAAAUUACUGGCCAUAUGGGUGGAAUUUCGACAAAAAAAUACCGACGGGAAGAUUUGGAAACGGAAGAGUUUUCUCCGAUAUAGUUGCCGAAGGUUUGGGGAUCAAAAGAAUUGUACCAGCUUAUCGUAAGUUGUACAUUGCUCCAAGCGACCUUAAAACUGGUGUUUCUUUUGCAUCAGGUGGUGCAGGAGUCGACCCUGUUACAUCCGAAAUGCUGAGAGUUUUAUCGCCGGCCGCCCAAGUAAAAGAUUUCAAAGGCUACUUAAGAAAGCUAAAAGGCAUAGUAGGCAAGAAAAAAGCAAAAGAAAUAGUUGCAAACUCAGUGAUUCUUGUUUCUGAAGGAAAUAAUGAUAUUGGAAUCACCUAUGCGAUUCAUGAUGCUGGAGCAAGGAAAUUUGCCGUGAUGGGAGUGAUACCAUUGGGAUGUUUGCCUAUGUCAAGACUCAUUUUUGGUAGGUUCUUCGUGUGGUGUAAUUUCUUGGCAAAUACAAUCUCCGAAGACUACAACAAAAAAUUGAAAAGCGGAAUAAAAAGUUGGAGAGGAGAAUCAGAUUUUAGGGGUGCUAGGUUUGUCUAUGUCGACAUGUACAACUCUCUUAUGGAUGUUAUCAACAAUCAUAGGAAAUACGGAUUUACACAUGAGAAGAAUGGAUGUUGUUUCCUAGAUACCGGCAACAACAAUUUUCUUCUUACUCUUCUCAAAGGAAAUUAUUGGCCGUAUGGUUUGAGUUUUGACUAUAAAUUUCCGACGGGAAGAUUCGGAAAUGGAAGAGUUUUCACCGAUAUAGUUGCCCAAGGUUUACAGAUCAAAAGACUUGUACCAGCUUAUAGCAAGAUUCGUCGCAUCGAUUCUGAAGAUCUUAAAACUGGCGUUUGUUUUGCAUCAGGUGGUUCAGGAAUUGACGAUCUUACAUCCAGAACACUGAGAGUUUUAUCGGCAGGUGACCAAGUAAAAGAUUUUAAAGACUAUUUGAAGAAACUAAAGAGAGUAGUGAAACGUAAGAAAAAAGUAAAAGAAAUAGUUUCAAACGCUGUGUUUCUUAUUUCUGAAGGAAAUAAUGAUCUUGGAUACUUUGUCGCUCCCGCUCUUAUACGAUUACAGUCCACAAAUACAUACACCAGUAAAAUGGUUGUUUGGACCAGAAAGUUUCUAAAAGAUUUAUAUGAUCUUGGAGCGAGAAAAUUCGCGGUGAUGGGAGUGAUGCCUGUGGGAUGUUUGCCUCUCCAUCGAGCCGUAUUCGGUGGGGUAUUCGGAUGGUGCAAAGUUUGUUUACGUCGACAUGUACGGUACUCUUAUGGAUCUUGUCAAAAAUCCUAAGGCCUAUGGCUUUUUAGAAGCAAGAAAAGCCUGUUGUUGUA